UGGUCUGUGCUUUGUCUGGUGGUAAUGGAGCCCAGUGACUUCAGUGGAGCUGUCCUGAGCCAUUCCUCUUCAUCAAUGGAGGGCAGGAGGGGAAAGAAGAGAGUGACCUCUAAAAGGAGAAGAAUAAAUAAAAAAGAAAUAUUUGGAGUGUUUCUACUGAUAAUUGUUGAUUUAAUUUGGGUUGGAUCUGCUGGACUAACUAGGUAUCUAUUUCAUCAGCAAUCUUAUGACAAGCCAUUCUUUACAGUGUAUUUCAAGACUAUUCUUUUCAUUACUUAUCUACUACCGUUUCUUUUCUGGCGUCCAUGGCAAAGGCUUUGCUGUUGUUCUUGUUGUAGAUUUUGUGACAGAAGACAAGAAGUUGAAGACAGUAUUGCUAGUGAAGGACCAGUAGCUGAUGAUGAUGAUGAUGAUGUAUUUGAUGACGAACAGAAAGACAAGUUUGAUGACAGUGGUGCAGUCAUUAGCAGUGAAUCCUCCAUUACUUCUGCUAAUGUAACUGAUGCACAAUCAUUACUUGGUCCUUCUAUAUACAAGCCACUGAGAUCUUCAGACAAUGGUCAUACAGGAGACAACUGUGUUGAAGAUGGUAGAGCAGAGCCCUCCAUUCCAUUGUCCUUAUCUCAUUCUCCAUCAAGAAGCAUUCAACAAGAAGGAAUGGCCCCUGCACUUAAUGUCACUUCAUCUCAAUCUUUUAUUAGAAGGAAGAAACUGGUCAGGUUCAGCCAAACUGUAGAAGUAAAGCAUGUUCCUAGUAUUUCAGAAUAUAAAGUUAAAAAUGAUAAAUUAAUUUUAAAUGUGACACAAGUUAUAACACUAUCAAUACCUUUUGGAUUAUUGUGGUUUUUUGCUAAUUAUUUUUAUGGGAUAGCAUUAGAUCAUCAAAGUGUUGCUGUUGUCAAUACACUGUCAAGUAUAUCAGGAGUGUUGGUACUUAUAUUAGCUGCUAUUCCUCCAAAAGUUGGUCCAAAGGAUAAAUUCACUUUAACAAAACUGAUAAUAAUAUUGACAAGUGUUGGUGGAGCUAUAUUGGUCGGAUUGGCCCAUUCACUUGAUGAGGAUAAAAAGAAUUCUUCGGCUUAUGGGUCUCUAUUUGCAGUGGGCGGAGCUGUAUUAUAUGCAGUGUACUUGGUUCUCUUAAGUAAAGUUGUACCUAAUGAGGAAAGCCUUGAAAUACCAAUGUUCUUUGGUUUUGUUGGUGUCAUUGUGUUAAUUGUGAUAACGCCUCUAGUGGCAUUUUGGGAUUUUAUUAAGUGGGAGGAGUUUGAGUUACCACCAAACAACAUGAUAUGGACACUAUUGUUGAUUAAUGGAUUUAUUGGUACUGUACUAUCUGAACUGCUGUGGCUAUGGGGAUGUCUUUUAACCUCGUCCUUAGUUGGCACAUUGAGUUUGUCCUUAGUGACACCUCUAAGUAUCACGUACAGUAUCAUCACUGGAGAGGCGUCAUUAUCACCUGGAUUCAUUAUUGGUUCGUUGCUAGUGGUUGCUUCGUUCAUUUGUGUAGCAGUUGUUAAUCACUGGAGUGGGUGGGAUCCAGUUUGGAAUUUAAUUAGAUUUAUCAUAAUUUCAUUUAAAAGUUUUCAUUUGUCUCAUACUUGGAACGAGGUAUCAAGUUAUGAGUCUCAGUCUUUACUUAGUGGAACUGAAACUGAAACUCUGUCACAAAAUGAAAGAUCAAUAAAUCAAUGAUGUAAUUAGUUUAUAUGUCUGUUACCAUACUGCAA